CGCCAGCAGCAGGGGGGUGGGAGCCGACGCUGCCGGAGAGCGAGCAGCCUGGCAGGCACGGACAUGGUGCUCCUGGCGCAGGGCGCUUGUUGCUCGAACCAGUGGCUGGCGGCGGUGCUUCUGAGCCUGUGCUCUUGCCUCCCGGCUGGGCAGAGCGUGGACUUCCCCUGGGCGGCCGUGGACAACAUGCUGGUGAGGAAAGGUGACACGGCGGUGCUCAGGUGUUACUUGGAGGAUGGAGCAUCAAAGGGUGCCUGGCUCAACAGGUCAAGCAUCAUAUUUGCUGGAGGUGACAAGUGGUCAGUGGAUCCUCGCGUUUCCAUUUCCACAUUGAAUAAAAGAGACUACAGCCUCCAGAUACAGAACGUUGAUGUGACAGAUGAUGGCCCGUACACAUGUUCUGUGCAGACCCAACACACACCGAGGACGAUGCAGGUUCAUCUUACCGUGCAAGUUCCUCCGAAAAUAUAUGACAUCUCAAACGACAUGACCAUCAACGAAGGGACCAAUGUCACCCUGACUUGUUUGGCCACUGGGAAGCCAGAGCCUGCCAUUUCCUGGAGGCAUAUCUCCCCAUCAGCAAAGCCGUUUGAAAAUGGGCAAUACUUGGACAUUUAUGGAAUUACAAGGGACCAGGCUGGGGAGUACGAGUGCAGUGCGGAGAAUGACGUGUCGUUCCCAGACGUGAAGAAAGUGAGGGUGGUCGUGAACUUUGCUCCUACGAUUCAGGAAAUUAAAUCUGGCACAGUGACCCCCGGACGCAGCGGAUUGAUAAGGUGUGAGGGUGCAGGUGUGCCGCCGCCGGCCUUCGAAUGGUACAAAGGAGAGAAGAAACUCUUCAAUGGCCAACAAGGAAUUAUCAUUCAGAAUUUUAGCACAAGAUCCAUCCUCACAGUGACCAACGUGACACAGGAGCACUUCGGCAACUAUACUUGUGUGGCUGCCAACAAACUGGGUACAACCAACGCGAGCCUGCCCCUCAACCCUCCAAGCACAGCCCAGUAUGGGAUUACUGGGAGCGCCUGCGACCUCUUCUCCUGCUGGAGCCUUGUGUUGACACUAUCCUCUGCCGUCAGUAUAGUCUACCUGAAGAAUGCCGUCCUACAGUGAACCUAAAGACCCAUGAAAGGCUUUCAAGGAGUCCCUGAGAGUGCGAGUGGCUGGGUCCAAUCUGGUGCAGUUAGGUUUAAGCAGCGUGGGAUACAAUCGGCUGUCUGUAACCGGGUGACGCCGCCUGUGGAAUCGCUGGUUGUGUAAAUACUUUCAUUCUCCUCUCCUUUUGAUUAGACACUCGACCCUGUGAGGCACUGCACAUUGUCCCUUUUUCUUUCUU